CGCCGCGGACCGUUCGACGAAGAUCGCUCGCUUACCUAGUCAACAAAGAAAACAAGCUUAUCGCGAUCUUGAACCAGUCUAGCAACCCAAGUCUUCGUCUCUCUAAUUGACUGCCCAAGAAAAAGACAAAGGAUCGAGUCUCUUUAUACUAUAAUUUCCGGGCAGUUGGUGUAUUCUCUUCUGUGUGGUAUGGUCUGUUCUUUCAUGGGUGGGAACAAAAGAGAAGCCAAAGCUUCCUCCUCUGAAAGAUAGAACUUUUUUUGCUUUGAAUCUACCCCAGAGCAGCAUAUAGUUUUUGGCAAUUAAGCACAGAUGUCCGGAGAAUCAAACUCCCGUGGCGACCACACCACAGAGAGCUCCGUUCACCAUGUCGUCCAUAUCGACCAAAGUUUCUUGUCGGAAGUGGAAGGGAGUAUGCAGGAAUUGCCGAGGCUCUUGACCACGGGGGCAGGAAGAGAUUCUUGCUGCAUCUUCCGAGUCCCUCAGAGCCUAUCGGAGAUCAAUAAAAAGGCCUACCAUCCUUAUAUCGUCUCCAUCGGUCCCUUCCACCAUGGGAAGACGCAACUCCAGAUGAUCCAGGAGCACAAAUGGCGGUACCUACGCCAUCUCCUAUUGCGGACGGAAAGCAAGAGAGUUGUGCUCAAGGACUUCUUUGAGGCAGUAGCUCCGAUGGAGGAGGAGAUCCGGAAGAGCUAUUCGGAGACCUUGGAAUUCGAUGGCCGGGACCUUAUUCGGAUGAUGGUGCUCGAUGGCUGCUUCGUCAUCGAGCUGUUCUGGAAAGUUGCGAGGAUGGUCCUACCUGAUCCCCGCGACCCUUUAUUAACUAUCGCGAGCAUAGUCCCAGCUGAUCCCCACGACCCUUUAUUUACUAUGGCUUGGGUUUUGCCUGCCUUAAUGAGAGAUCUCCUCCGGCUCGAGAAUCAAAUUCCUUACUUUGUGCUGCAGAAGUUAUUUGAUCUGUCUGUUGGAUCUGGAAAUGAUGGUCCCUCCUUGGCCAAGCUUGCCUUGUGGUUCUUCAACUGCCUGGUGCAGAGACCGGUGCAUGUGUUGGAGAACUGCUACGAUAAAGAAGGCAAGCAUUUGCUUGAUUUGUUCCACUUGAGCUAUAUCCCCGAUUGCCAGGAGAAACAAAGGAGGCCAAGCAGAUCCCUCCACCUGAUUCGAAGCGCGAAGGAGCUCAAUCAAGCUGGAGUCAAGUUCAAGCCACGGAAGACUCACAGCAUCUUGGACGUCAAAUUCAGAAAUGGCGUCCUUGAGAUUCCACUCUUGACAAUCGACGACUUCUGGAGCUCUUUGUUCCUCAAUUUUGUUGCUUUUGAGCAGUGCUAUUGCCUUUCUUCCAAGCACUUCACAACCUAUGCUAAUCUCAUGGGGUGUCUCAUCAAAACGCCUGCUGAUGCUGGGUUCCUAGGCUACCACAAGAUUAUCGAGAAUUAUAUUGGGACGGACGAGGAAGUUGCCCUUUUCUUCAAUAAUGUCAGGAAAGAUGUGGCGUUUGAUGUCAAAAGGAGCUAUUUGUCCAAGGUCUUUGAGGAAGUGAAUGAGAGUUGUCGGAAUUAUUGGCAUGUCCAAUGGGCUGAGUUCAUGCACACAUACUUCAACACUCCAUGGUCCUUCAUGUCGGCUGCUGCAGCUCUGUUGCUUCUGCUGCUUACCAUGACUCAGACUUCCUAUGCGGUUUAUCAAAGUUAUAGACCUGCCGAUCCUCCCAAAUAAUUUGUAAUGUUUGCGACACAAAAUGCAAUACCACACUUGAAAAAGGGCAAUUUGUAGAUACAGAAUAUCAAGACUCAGUUGUGAUUAUGAAUUUUGUUGUGAGUUUGGAUUUAUGUCUGACCACUUGUAAGAUACCACAACGUAAACGACUCGAACUCAUUAGCUGUCCACCGAAUUUGUGUCAACGAGAAUAAAGCCGUGGCUCUAAUUGCAACAA